UUUUCCUCCCUUCUGGUGGAUAGGAAGCCAGGCACGUCCAGAGUGCCUAUGCGCAUGCGCAGAAUAGCAUUCCCUUUCACCUUCUCCAUUAACUUAAGACUAAUCGCGGUAUCCUUUAUUCACAAUACAGGCAGUUCCCCAAGUUGUGGAUAGGAUCUGUAGGUUUAUGACCUUCAGUGUGUAUGUAGGUCGAAGUAGGUACAUUUAAAGUAUGACUUCAGCCAUAACUCCACAGUGCUCUUUAAUAUUUACAUGAGAGAAAUCAUCCAUAGGCAUGGGGCGGGAUGUUAUCAGUAUGUUGAUGACACCCAAUUAUAUUUCUCCAUUACUUCAAAAACGGCUUCAACUAAGGAUAGCCUGCCUCCUCUGAAUGAAUGCCUGCAGGAAAUAAUGGGCUGGAUGAGGAAAAAUAAUUUGAAACUGAAUCCAGACAAAACACAGCCCCCUCGUUGUGCAGUGGGUUAAACCGCUGAGCUGUUGAAGUUGCUGGCCAAAAGGUUGGCAGUUUGAAUUUGGGGAGCUGGGGGAGCUCCCACUGUUAGGCCCAACUUCUGCCAACCUAGCAGUUCUAAAACAUGCAUAUGUGAGUAGAUCAAUAGGUACCACUUCUGCAGAAAGGUAACAGCGCUCCAUGCAGUCAUGCUGGCCACAUGACUUAGGAGAUGUCUACAGAAAAUGCCAGCUCUUCAGCUUAGAAAUGGAGAUGAGCACCACCUCCCAGAGGUGGCCACGACUAUACUUAAUAUCAAGGGAAACCUUUACCAGAAAAAACAGAGGUACUUGCCAUCAAGGAUCUUAACCUGAGGAUGGAGGUGUGUCGACCACUUCUGGACGGGGUUACACUCCCCCCUGAAAGACUGUGUUUGCAGCUUGGGAGUGCCUCUGGAUCCAGCUCUCCAAAUGUCAGCCCAGGUAGAUGCCACGGUCAGGAGUGCUUAUUAUCAGCAUCAGCUGAUACGCCAGCCACACUCCUUAGUUGUGGAGGACCUUAAGAUGGUAGUGUAUAAGCUGGUAACUUCAAGGCUGGACUUCUGCAACAUGCUUUACACUGGACUACCCUUGUACCAAGUUCAUAAAUUCCAGCUGGUUAAAAAUAUGGCAGUUAGGCUAGUUAAGGGAACACCUAGGAGUGAGCAUAUUACACCUAUCCUAAAAUCAUUCCACUGGCUGCCAAUUAGUUUCCGGGCAAAGUACAAGGUGUUGGUUUUGAACUUCAAAGCCCUACAUGAUUUGGGUCCAGGUUACCUACAGGCCUACCUUCUCCUGUACAAUCGGAGGUCUUCUAAGACGCAUCUGCUCCAACCAUCCAGAACCUGACUAGUAUUCAUCACCCAGAGGAUCUUUUCAUCGGCCGCUCCAAGACUGUGGAAUGACCUGCUGGUAGAGCUCCGACAGCUAAAUUAGCUGUCUGAAUUUAAGACACAAGUGAAGACCUCUCUCUUCUGGCAGGCCUAUCCAGACAGUCUUUAAACAUAAACAUGAAUUUUAAUGUAUGUCCUUUGUUUAAUCUCAGUUUUGUCAGUUUUAAUAUGUAUUUCAUAAAGAUACGUUUUGGUAUGUAACUUUUAUGGAGGUACAUUUUAGUGUGUGUAUUUAUAGUGUUUUUGCUGUUAUUUCUCCUGAGGACAGGUGGGUAAGAAAUAAAAAUACUAUUAUUAUAUAUAAUGAAAUAUCUUUGGAUAGCACAGGGAAGAGUUGACACCCCUGUGGUAUUUGUUUUGCCAUCUGCUCCCCUGCUCAGAUGAUUUCACCUCACUUUCUGUCCCUGUAACCAUUGGAUUCUGAAAAAAAUGGCUUGUUGUGGAAACAAGGAUUGGUGAGAAAGCUUCAGUGGAGACCCCUUUUCCCCCAUGAUAACUUUCAAGAGGCAAUUUCCCAUCUGAGGGAUAGAUUUCUCUCACUUCCUGUUGUCUCACCCCCAUUCUUAACUAUGAAUCAUUUGUAAAUCGUAUGUUUGUAACUUGGAGACUGCUAGUAGUGCCAAAUGCGAAAUUGGGUGGCUAAAAGUCAGUCCUAUUGAUCGCAGGAUUGGUCUGCAAAAGUAAUCCUGUGUGGGUGCAUAUAGAAUCAGUAGAGUUUGGUGCCACUUGAACUGCCAGGGCUCAAUGGUAUUGAAUUCUGAGAGUUAUAGUCUUACAAGGUCUUUAGUAUUCUCUGAGUGCUUCUGUCUCACCAAAUUACCACUCACAUGAUUCCAUAGGAUAGAGCACUGGCUGUUCAGUUGAUGUCAGACUGCAUUUAUUUAUUAUAUCAUGUAAAUGCACCCAAAGUCCAAGGUGCCUAUGCUCAUGUGCAGAAUGGGUUUCUCUUUGGCCCACUCUUACUUCCCUAGAGCAAUUGUAGCAUCCCUUACCCUAAAUAUUGCCAAAUAUGAAAUUGUGGGUGAGAGUGAGCAUGCAUCUACUACACUGUAGAAUAAUUGUGGUGUGACAACACUUUGACUAUAAUGUAAAUGUGGGCGUUCCCUUUGCCCCUUUGUUUAUCCAAAGUAAUUACAGCAUCACUUAUCCUAAAAAUGGCAAAAUCUGAAAUUGUCCAUAUGAGUAGCUAAGAGUAAGGGUGCAUUUACACUAUUGGAUUAAUACAGGUUUUGACGCCGCUUUAAUUGCCAUGGCUCAAUCUGAUGGAAUUAUGAAAAUUGUUUAUUUAUAAGGUCUUUAGACUUCUCUGCCAAAGAGUGCUAGUGCAGGCAAAGUUAAACACCUUAUAAUUUUAUGUAUGGUGAACCAUCAGAAAACAAAACUCAUUUACUCAGCCACCCAAGUGAAAAUUUUGAAUUUCUGGCUAAGAGAUGCUCAACCUGUAUACAAAUCCAAAAUCCAAAGCAAUUCUGAUAUCAGGCAUUUCAGAUAAGGCAUAUUCAACCUGUAUCUGGGGGGGAAAGUUUUUGAGGCUCUAGGUCAAGGAUCCUUGACCUUUGAUCCUACAGUGUACCUUCCUCCCCAGUAUGUCAAUUCUCCAAAGCCCCCAUCAGCAAAGCUAAUGGCAGAUUCUGGGUGUUUGUUCAAAACAUUUGGAAAAGAGAAGGUUGUGAACCAUUGUUUUGGGUACAGGAUAAUUUUAAAGAAAAAGAGUAGGAGCAACACCAGCAGUAAUUAUGAUGCAAUUUUACAAAGACCCAGUUUGCUUUUACUUCUGGUUAGUAAGUAGAAGUUCCUCAGUUAGGUUAUGCAGACCAGUUCUCCAUGUAUACUUAGAGCAAGGCCCACUGUGAUCAAUAGUAUCUGUUUUUGUAGUGGAAAAAAACAUAGAGGUGCAUCUGGAUAAAUUAUAGGGAAUAAACCUUGUUCUGGAAUGCAUGGAGUCAGGGUAUGGCCCUCCAGAGUUUGCUGAACUGUACUCUUGUUAUUUCUUCUCACCUGGCAUGCUAAAGUUAAUGAAAGUCUCUUCCAAAGGUAGCCCAUUCCAGACCCAUCUUGUGCUUAACUGAUAAGGCUUAGUCCUCAUUUGUUUAGUUUUCUUAAACAUCUUUAUUACACUCCAAUAUUUUCAUUGCUUUUGUUGUCAGGGAAACUGAAGACUAGAAGGGGGCUAGAUCUAAAUUUAGGAUAGGUCAGAAAGGGCAAAAAAUAAAUAAAUUGUUGUGUUGCUAAGAAUUGAAUAGGACAGACUGUUUAAUGGUUGGGUGUACCGUAUGUUGUGAAAAAGAUUGAGUAGAAUCGGAAAUAAAACAUUGUGAUACAAGACAAUAUUUUGGAUCUUGGCGAAUCUAGUUCUGGCAAUACUGCUGUUAAGGUCUUGCUGUCUGAAUUUGAAUUUUCUUUUUCUAUUUGAAAGGGAAAAUAAAAUAAAAGGUUUUACUAUUCUUGUUUUUGGUGUACAGGCUAUAAAAUGUUUCACAGUUUAAAGUACUACAAAAUUAUAAAAGAACAAUCUUAGAAAAUGCAAAUAGUCCUAAUAUCAGAGCUAGAGGUUUUGUGUAUGAAGGGGAAAGGAGAAAUUGCUUUAUUGCAGUACUUUUCAGAAGCUUAUUUUUAACUAUUUGGGGUGAUGCAGUAUAGAGGUUUCAGUAAGUUUACAAGCUGGUUUGCUGCUCCAGAAACUUUAGCAGCCUCAUGGACAACCAAAGCCCAGAAAUGGAAAACUCUUGAAAAACUGGCAUUUUAGUCUAUUAAAACAGAGUGAAAACCUAUCUAAACAGGCAAUCACCACUUCUGAAAGUUUCCUGGAAAGGCAGGGUGCUUUAAAAAAACAAAUUAGAAAAAGUGUAGUCCACCGGAACAUGGAGGCUGCAUGCAUUUUCUUUACCUUCUUCUGUUGUAAAUCUUGCAUAAUAUACCUGUACUUACUUGUGCCUUCGAAUUUAACACACAAUUCAAAUUUCAAAACCCUGAAACCAAAAAAAAUAUUUUUGCUGGCAAAUGUAAUAUGCAGUGACAAAAAGUGCACUCUUUGUAAUUUGGAUAUAAAGGUGACAAUUACUGUGUCUAUUUGGGGAAGGUGAUUUAGCCAAAAAAAGCUGAGCAUUAGAUUCAAGUAAAUACGGUAAUACAGCAGGCCUGCACAAUAUCCGGAUUGCCUGCCUGCCUGCCUGCCUAUCGAUACUUGAAAAAACUUGCCACAGAUUCUGAAGAAAAUGCCAGGGAACUGAGGGCACUUGUUACCAAUAAGUCUGAGGGAAGGAAGUUGUGCAAAAACUGAAAAAGACAUUUCUGUUAGGAAUGAAUGGGCAGCAAAGACUAGAAAAGAGAGGGCAAGAUCAUGUACAAGGAUCAGUCCAGUCUUCUGAAUGGCUAUGUAUCACUCUGUUUCAACACUUGUGCGAGAGGACACUUUGUAUCUUGUGGGCCAUAUAAUUUCCUUGCAGUGUUUGUAAAGCUUAGCUACCCCCUUUGUGUCUAACAACUUUGCAUUUCAAUCAAGUUGAUAAAACUUUUUUUUUCAAUAGAUGUGUUCUGACAUUCACUUAUUGUAGGUUCUUUUAAACAAUACACUAUAUGUAUUAAUGCUUUACUAAGCAUACCAUACAAAUAAAUUCAUAGCACUGUUGAAAUAUGACAGUUUUGUAGUCUGUUGUUUUUUGCUUGGAAUAAUAAACAGAGUCCACUCAAAGUAAUGUUACAAAAGCUAGAAACUGUAAACAAGAUUUUAAGUUACAUAACUCUUACUAAAAUAUAGCAUUAUUGCUGCUAUUUAUAGAGCACUUGCAACUGGUACUUCUAAAUCACAGGGGAAAUGAUCCCCUUCCACAUUAAUCACAAGGAAUGGUGACGUUCAGGAGAAAUAUCAAUUUCAUGCUAUAAAUGGGUAUUUUCAGCUGUGUUCAUCCAUUCCAUUAAAGCAACAGAGUCUCUUGGCAUCAUAAGGCUACAAUGUGUUUAAAUGCUGAAUUUUAUAGCCACUAUUUGUUAGACUGAUCAUGGUGGAUGGCAUAGGGAGGAAUCUAGCAGCACCUUUGGAACCAAUUGAUUUAGUAUGGACUUUCAGUGAUUUCAGAUGUACUGUUUGGAGUACAGUAUUAACAACACUGAUAUAUAAGCAAUUAAACAGUUAUGGGAUUUGCAAUAAAGUGUAAUAGGACAUGGAAUGGUGCAAAUUGACAAUGGUCAUAGCUCAUCACAAUUGUAUAAAAUGAAACAGUCUCUCAAGCAAAUCUUUGAAGUGUGAAAACAGUACAGUCUGCUUAUCUAAAAGGUAUGUUUCCUUUAAGUAGGAAAUUUUCUGAAAAAAAUCCUUGUUACAUACGUAACUGAUGAGACUUGUCUGUUAAUAAAACAUGCAAUGUACCAAGAAACCAAAUCAUAUCUGCUUAUAAUGUCUGCUUCCGCAUUGGACUUUGUGAGUACAUCCCAAUUCAGUUAUUUCUUGUACCUGGUCACAGAUAUGUAAAGAAACAUCUUGCCUCAAUAUUGAUCUUUAUAUUGAAAAACUGAAUGUGAUUUAACUUUUCCUUCCUAGUUCUGUAAAAUAAAAUGAACCUUUAGAAAGUAUUGAUGUUACUGAUGUAGUAUUGUGCAUUCAUGAUUAAAUGUUUACACCCCGUUCUGCUUACUAGCAUAUUAAAUAGGAGUCCAUGUAUAUUUUCUGAUUUCUAUGAAGUACUAAUUUGUAUGCCAGUUUUGGUUAUAUGUCUCUCUCUUCCCCCCGCCGGCCCCCCCCCCCCCAAAUCUGUAGGUUUUAUUCUAAACAAUAAAGGUUCAUUUUCCAAGUUUGAGGCUGCUCUACUUUGUGUUACAAUCAUGCACUGCAAUGGUUGAAUGUUUGACUUGGUGUCCUCAGUCAAUAUAGGGUAACAGUGAGACCUGAUAUUAGAUAUACCAUGGCAGUUGAACAUAUGCUCUACAAUAUGUCCCAGAAUGCCAUGUAGUUUGGAGCAGUUCUUGGCAACAGAGCAGGCAUUGUUCAGACACAAAGACAAAAUUUGCAGUAGAAAAUUUGAAAGCUACUGUGAGAUUGUGAGGCUUCCAAUAAUUACUCUGUAUUCAUGUAUAAGUCAUGUAUACUCAUGUAUAAGUCAGCCCCCCCCCAAAAAAAACCUGGGUUGACUUAUUUGCAGGUGAGUAUUACUAUUCAUAAACUUUUAUCAAAAAAAGGAUCAAUCUCAGUCUCUGAAUAGAGUGGAGAGGGGCAAGAACUUAGUCUGUUUGGGGCAAAUCUUUAAAAAACAUGGAUCCCCUCUAAUCUCUCCACCAUGGUGCCAUUUCUGGCCUUUUGAAUGCCUGGGUGGGGAAAUGGCGGUGACAUUCGGAGGCGCCUGGCCCUGAGUUAGCAUUGGUAUUUUCCCAUCUCAGUGGAAUGACCAUCAACUCAUCCAUGGGUCAUAUCAAAACCCUUAAUUUUGCCCCAAAACCUGCCCUCGGCUUGUACACAAGGUUGACUUACACAUUCAUAUAUACACAAACUUAUACAGGGUAGCAAAGAUGCAUUGGGUCACAAAACCUUAUGCCACAUACAAAAACAUUUAAUUACAUAUUUAGACAUACUGCAUAUUUAAUAGGCCUUUAUAUAUUUUUCUUUCCUGACUUGGAAGAGAAGUGCCCCAUUACACUUAGCAAAUCCUGUGUGUGUGUGAUCAAACAAAAUCUUUUUCACUGUACCCAAAUAUUUCUGCUUGAUUUUCAAGUAAAUCUUGCAUGCUGUGUUUGUAACAGCGUGAAUGUUCGUUGCCAUGGUAAUAAUUGUGAUCUCACAAGUGGAACAUAACUCCACUGCCAGGUUGAGUAGAAGGAAGCGUGGUCUCAAGAAGAAAGAAGUCUUCUUUUCAAAACAAUCACAAUGAGCAAGUGUGGCAAAAAGCAGCAUGCAAGAAUUAACAUAAGACAAAUGACCAUGGAAACAGGUGAAUCACAACAAGAUGGCAGUACAGGAGAUUGUGUUGCCGAAAAUGAUUCUGCUGAUAUACAGUCUCCACCUAGCCAAAAUCAGAUGUCCACUAUAGCUCAGGUUUCCGUGGCAGGAUCAACAACAGGAAGAGGAUCUCCCUCAGUAACUGUAGUUCAAUUGCCUUCUGGUCAAACUGUCCAUGUACAAGGAGUGAUUCAAACCACUCAGCCUUCGGUUAUUCAGUCACCACAGUUGCAAUCUGUUCAGGUAGGAUCAGCUACAAGUGCAGAUGAAUCUACAGAAUCAGAGGUUGUAAUUGAUUCUCAGAAGAGGAGGGAAAUCCUUUCAAGGAGGCCUUCAUAUCGAAAAAUUCUGAAUGAACUUUCUUCUGAUGCACCUGGUGUCACAAAGAUCGAAGAAGCAAAGCCAGAGGAAGAAGGAACGGCAUCUGGCAUCCCUACCAUGGCAGUGCCAACCAGCCUUUACCAGACCAGCACUGGACAAUAUAUUGCUAUAGCCCAGGGUGGAGCAAUCCAGAUCUCUAACCCAGCAUCUGAUGGCGUCCAGGGGUUGCAGACCUUAACAAUGACAAAUUCAGGAGCUCCUCAGCCUGGCGCUACAAUUGUACAAUAUGCAGCUCAAACACCUGAUGGCACACAACAGUUCUUUGUACCUGGGAGUCAAGUUGUUGUCCAAGCUGCUACUGGUGACAUGCCAACUUACCAGAUCCGAACUCCAACCACCGCCUUACCUCAGGGGGUCGUCAUGGCAGCUUCCCCAGGAACAUUGCACAGCCCACAGCAGCUAGCAGAAGAAGCAACACGUAAAAGAGAGCUACGGCUAAUGAAAAAUAGGGAAGCUGCUCGUGAGUGUCGCAGGAAGAAGAAGGAAUAUGUCAAAUGUCUUGAAAAUCGUGUGGCUGUGCUUGAAAACCAAAACAAGACUCUCAUUGAGGAACUCAAGGCUCUCAAAGAUCUUUAUUGCCAUAAAGCAGAGUAACGGGCUCUUGGCCGUGGACCUUUUGGCUUUAAAUGCUAAUCAAGGCAUGAGAUGAAGCAAUUCUACAGAUUGCCAUGUGACCCUUGAGGAGGGGACAGUGUGUGGCCCUUGUGAUCUGCGUUUUUCUUAGGUGUUUUCUAAAAGUUUUGGAAGUUGUUCCAAACAUCGGGAAGCAUCACAGCCUCAGUACUAUAUAGACAUGCCUCAUUGCAUCUCCCCUUCCUGCCCCCCUUCCCAUCCAGUAGCAUGCCAAAAAGUGUUUUUGUUUGCCCUUUCUACUUCUGCUUUUUUCAGGGAAGCUGCAAAAGAAUGUCGACGACGAAAGAAAGAAUACGUGAAAUGUCUGGAGAGUCGUGUUGCGAUGUUAGAAGUUCAAAACAAGAAACUUAUAGAAGAGCUAGAAACCUUAAAAGACAUUUGCUCUUCCAAGACAAACUAGUGUCAAUACUGAAACUGUGAACUGGCUACAGCAUGUACAGAAGCUUCUGCAGGCAAUGUCUAGUCAACAAGAAUUAUGACUUUUCCUUUGUAUCAUUUGUCUUCUACUCCAGCCUAACAUUCCUGAAACACUUUGCUGCAUUUUUGUAGAUUCUUAGUUGAAAUUUCAGGUGUCUUUUUCUUACCCAGAAAGAGUCGGAUGUUUAAGGCAGUGUGUGUCCAAUAUUCUCAAAAUGCAACAUGUGUAAGAGUUGCUCCCCUGCCCAAUAUUUGCAUUAAUUACUUUAAAUGUGUAAUUUUGGUUGUAUCCCACUUGCACCAGUAUUUUAAAGUGAUCAAAAAUAAUGCAUUUAACACAGUAAAAAUAAAAGAAAUACACCCAAAGUAUCUCAGGAAAGAGUUAUAUGAAAAGUAUGUUGUAAUGACAUACGUGUAUUAGAAUACUAGUUUACAAAUGAAUUUAUGGCAUAUUUUUAUAUUCAUCGCUUUGUGAAAAAAGUAUUGUAUUGCUGUCACUGAGUGCCAUGGUUGAAACUAGUUUUUAAAUAGAACCAUGUUGGUUAAA